CAACAAUUUUGAUUCGUGUUUCAUGCUUGUCUUUAUUUAAUUUUUGCUCUUCAUUUUCAUAGUUCUUUUCUCGUCUGAACGUUGUAGUCGACAGUUCACUUUCUUAUCGUGUAAUUUUAAGAGUGCAAUGACUGAAACUCUUCAGCUCAAAGGCACCCUGUUGGGUCAUAAUGGGUGGGUAACACAAAUUGCCACUAAUCCCAAGUAUCCUGAUAUGAUUUUAUCGUCAUCUCGAGACAAGACUCUGAUUGUUUGGAAACUGACACGUGAAGAAACCCAAUAUGGUGUACCUCAAAAACGACUUUAUGGUCAUUCCCACUUCAUAUCCGAUGUAGUAUUGUCGAGUGAUGGAAACUAUGCUCUUUCUGGUUCAUGGGACAAAACUCUUCGGCUGUGGGACUUGGCUGCUGGAAAAACCACCAGGAGAUUCGAAGAUCAUACAAAGGAUGUGUUGAGUGUUGCCUUCUCUGUUGACAACCGUCAGAUUGUGUCUGGAUCCAGAGAUAAGACAAUUAAAUUGUGGAAUACCUUGGCUGAAUGCAAGUACACAAUCCAAGAUGAUGGACACUCUGACUGGGUCUCGUGCGUUCGCUUCUCCCCCAACCACGCCAACCCGAUCAUCGUCUCGGCAGGCUGGGACCGCAUGGUCAAAGUGUGGAACCUGACCAACUGCCGGCUGAAGAUCAACCACUCUGGCCACACGGGAUACCUCAACACGGUGACCGUCAGUCCGGACGGCAGCUUGUGCGCCAGCGGCGGCAAGGAUUGCAAAGCGAUGCUGUGGGACUUGAAUGACGGGAAGCAUUUGCACACGUUGGAUCACAAUGAUAUUAUUAGCGCGUUGUGCUUCUCGCCCAACAGGUACUGGCUGUGCGCGGCGUUCGGUCCCUCCAUCAAAAUCUGGGACUUGGAGAGCAAGGAGAUGGUGGAGGAGCUGAAACCGGAAGUGGUGUCCCAAACCAGCAAGGCCGAGCCGCCUCAGUGCCUGUCUCUGGCCUGGUCCACGGACGGGCAGACGCUGUUCGCCGGGUACUCUGACAACACCAUCAGGGUGUGGCAGGUCAGUGUGUCUGCGCAUUAGGGUUUUAUUUGUUUGACGUGUUCGAAGAGUGUUUUUGAAUAAAAUGAGUCAGGACGAUGCGAUUUUUCUUUGUAAUGGUCCCUCCUGAUUAAUCAACACAUGUUUCAGUUGGAGAAAAUGGUAUUUGAUAUGUCAUUAAAUUUGUCAAAUGCAUGGUCUUUUGUCCAUGUGGAUUGUAGAGUUUCCUAACUCUCAUUUUCAAAACAAUACAAUAGUUCAUGAUCUGAUAAAAACACAAUAACUUUUUUAUAAACACCAAUCAAAAUUAAUUAACAGGAACCUUCUGCCAUCAAUCAAAAAAUCCAACAGGAUAUACAGAGAUCUAUGUCCUAUUUUGGCCCACAUUCCCUCAAAUUUUCAAAAAUC